AUGUGCUACCAAGUGGUCGAACGCUUCGCCGCCUGUUACUGCCUGUAUCACAAGCACAGUAUCGAUCCGUGUUCCGCCUACGGGCAAAGAGGACACUUGGUUCAAGAAAAGACCGUCCUCGUCGGUCAUGCUUGCCCGGCUCACUCGUCCUAU